GAUGUCUGCCUCCGCUUAACUCAUUCCCCGCAUUCCUUUGCGACCCUUCAGAGCAGUCCUUCUUCCAUCAAGAACCUUGGGCUUCAAGAAAGCAGCGUGUUGUCUGCGUCUGGCCUGAGUUGCAAUCGGAGCGGACAGGUCCCCCAAGCCAGCAAGUUAGCCAUCAACAACAACAGCAGCAGCAGCAGCAUCAGUAACGGCGCUAGCAGCGUAUUUGAGGCAGGCAGCUAGCAGCUUUGGCGCCGCGGUUCAACAAAAGCGCGGGAGCAAAGAACCCCGCGCUAUCGCUACCUAGCUCGCGCUGCUCGCGGCGGCUCCAACAAUGACGGAUCCAGCACUGCCCGGCGCCGGCCCCUCGACAGCCUCGCCAGCAGCAUCGAAUGCUCCUGCUGCCGAUACCGGCAGCAGCGGCAGCAGCGGCAGCAGCAGCAGACUGCGGAGCGGCAGAGGACUUGGUACUGACCCGGUUGAGGCCGACCGCGCCGGGGACAGCAAUCCACCUCCUCUGCUGCUGGAAGCACGGUUGUCAGCGGCGGCGGCGCCGCCGCCACCCGUUGUGAUCAUGAGUGAGGGCCCGGUGGCGGGCUGGGAGCGCCUCGCCAGCGGCGUGUUGGAUGCGGCGGCGGCGGCGGCGGCGGUGGCGGCACAGGGCAGUGGCGUUGGGCGUGCUGGUGACGGUGGCAGCGUCGGCGUCGGCGUCGGUGUCAGACCUGUGGUCCCCGCUGCGGAGGCGGAGGCGGCGGAGGCGAUGAAGGCGGAGGCUGUGGCGUUAGCCAAAGAUGCUGACGACGGCCGUGGUGGUGACGGUCAUGACGAGAAGCGUGGGCAGGAUGCACCGCCGCCGGUGCUGCAUGCGGUGCCGCAGCCGGCGGCAGCAGCUCCCACACCCGCCACAGCGGCGGCAGCAUCCAUGCCGGCGGCGACGCCGGCAGUAGCACCACCAGUGCCAUCGGCAGUAGCGGCAGUAGCACCGGUGAGCGUCACUGCGCCGUCAGCAGCAGUUGGCGCGCUGCCCGCGCUCUCUCCGGCGGCUCUGGACGCCGCCGCACCGCCGCCGCAGCCCCUCUCGCCGCCUCCGCCGCCCCCGCCCACCAAUGCCCCCCAUGUUGCUACAGCCGUCUCCCCGCACCUGGCCGCGAUCAUGCUGGAUCCGGCUACAGCUACAGCAGCUACAGCCGGCGACGGCGGCGCAGACAGCCGCGCGGUGGCGGCUGCUACAGCCGCCACGGUGGCGGCUGUAGCUACAGCCGGUCUGGAGGUGCGGGUGGUGGCUUACGAGCGGGACCUGCUACGGCACCAGCUCAAGGCCUCGGCGGCGGAGAAGGAGCAGCUGCGAAUCCAGCUGCGCGCCCUGCAGCAGCAGCUGGACGAGACCACGGAGGCACUCAACAUGGCGGCGGCGGCGGCAGCGGCGGCCGGCGCCGCCAGCAGUGCCGUCGGCAGCGUCAACGGCGUCGACGUCGGCGGCCUGACCAGCGGCCUCAGCGGCAGUGUGGGCGGCGGCGGCGGCGACGACAGCGUCAGUGGUGGCGGCGGCGGCGGCGUCGCCGUGCGUGGCGUGUCAGGCCCCGGCACGGGUAUCCUGAUCCCCAGGCUGAUGAUGGCACGUGGCUCCGCCUCCCCGCCGCCGCCGCCGCCGCCCGCCGCCGCCAUCUCGCCUGCCGCGAGCGCCAGUGACGCCGCCGCCGCCGCCGCCGGUGCUGCUGCCGCUGCAGCCGGCGGCAGCCCCUGGGCUGGCGUCGUCACGCCGCCGCCGUCUCUGCCGCCGCUGCGCACGGGCCUACCGCUGCUGCCGCCCGCCGUAGCUACAGCCUCCACCGCCGCCUCGCCGGCCCAGCCGCCGCUGCUACAGCCGCCGCCGUCUUCUUCGGGGCCGCUACUGCCGCCCGCCGCCAGCGGCGGCUCAGUGGCUUCCGGCGGCUCCGGCUCCCGCCUGCAUUCCGUGUUUGACACGGCAACGGCGGCGGCGCUGGCGGCGGCCGGUGGCGGCGGCGCCGACGGCGGAAUGCGGAGUGUGUUCGCCAACCCGUCGGCGGCGGCGGUGGCGGCUGACCUGUUGGGCGGCGGCGGCGGCGGCGGCGGUGGCGUGUUCGCUGUGGGCGGCCUGAACAGUGGCCUGCCUCAGGGCUCGGUGUCGGUGGCAGACCACCGGUCCUACCUGCCAUUUGGCGCCACCUCCACCUCCACCUUCUCUACGACAACCGCAGCAGCAGGGGUGGCAACCCCGGCUGGCCCCGACACUAGCAGCAGCCCGCUACUGCCCUCCCCGCUACUGCCGCCCCGCGGCUCCUCCUACCGCGCCGCAUCCCCCAACUCCAGCUGCCAGCUGCUGCUACUGCCCGGCGGCGCCUCCACCACACUGGCAGUAGCACCGCCGCCGCAGGCGACACUGCAGCCGCAGGCCUCCACCGGCGGCGGCGGCGGCGCCGGCGGGGGGCUGCAGGCGUUUGCUCAGCCCACCCUGCCUAGCCCGUUCUCCUCGCCGCCGCCGUCUCGGCGGCGCUCGGUGUUUGGCGGCGGCGGCGCUACAGCCGCCACGUCAGCACUGACGUCAGCGCUGCAGUCGCGGAAUGCCUCCGUGGCGACAUCUCCCCGGUACGGCAGCGUUUGGGGAGGCAGCGUGGCGCACUCCCCCAUGCGCCGACACACAGCGGCAGUAGCAGGCGGUGGCGCCGCCAUUGCCGCCGCCGCGGCAGCGGCAGCGGCUGUAGCAGGCGCCCCCGACGCCGCAGCAGGUGGCGGCCUGCUACUGCCGUCGCCGCUACUGCCUCCCGCUCUGUCGACACCCGCCUCCAUUAGCACGGUGGGCACCGGCUACCCUUACCACGCCCAGCACUACCCUCCGGGCGGCCCACCGCACCCGACCGCAGCCGCCGCGGGCUGGUUGCAGCUACUGCCGAGCCGCGGCACUGCUACUGCCGGCACUGCUACUGCCGGCACGGGCACGGCGGGCGGCACGCGUGCGGGCACCACGGCCGCGGGCAGCCGCCUGCCCUCCCGGCCCGUCUCGCCGCGGCGGCACCUCCCACACGGUCCCGGGGGCGACCUCAUGGCGGCCAUCAUGAAGCUGGAGGCUCUCACGGGCAGCGGCGGCGAGCUACGGCCCGCGGUGGAGGCGGAGUUGGAGGGGUUGGGGCUGGCUGGCGGCGCGGCAGAGCUGGAGGCGGGGGCGGCGGCGGCGGUGGCGGUGGUGGUGGAGGGCGGCGGCGGAGGAGGUGGCGGACUUGGUGGGGGUGGUGGUGGUGGAGGAGGAGGCGGGGGGCUGGCGGUGGUGGCUGGGCUGAGAGAGGAGGUGGAGCGGCUGCGGUCGCAGAUGGAGCAGCAGGUGCGACUGCGUGAGCACCUGGAGGCCCGGCUGCGCCUAGCCCUGCAGUCACAACAGCAGCAGCAGCAGCCAGCAGCGGCGCAGGCCCCUGGUUCACCACAAGCGGCGGCAGGCGGCGCCGAAACCGCGGCGCCGCCGCCGCUGCCGGCCCCCGCACCCGCAGCAGCACCGGCACGCGAGCGGCUCUCCUCCGCACCCGCCUCAGCCGCUGCUGCCACCGCAGCCGAGGCCCCCGCCCCCGCUGCUGCCCCAGCCCUUCCCUCCACCACCACAACCACCACUACAGCGGAAGCCGGCGCGCCAGUGCAGGCGGAGGGGCAUGUCGGCCCAGACGACGCCGCCAGCUCCGCCGCCGCCACGAACACCGCAGCUGCCGCCACCACCGGUCACGCGCGGCACCUGCCGGCAGCAGCAGUGCACAGCGGCGACAGCUUCCGCUUCCCGCCGCCGCCUCGCGGCGCCGCCCCUGGGGCGACGGCGGAGGCUGCAGCCGCCGCAGAGGUACCGGUGGCAAGGGCGGCGACGGCUGCAACGGGAGAAGGAGGAGGAGGAGGAGGAGGAGGAGGAGGAGGAGGAGGAGGAGGAGGAGGAGGGACGGAGGCGCCGCCGGCGGAGGCUGGCGCCUUCCCUCUGAUGUCGGGUGCGCCGCCGCCGCCACCUGCGGGCGUGUCCCCAGGCCGGACUGCUACAGCCGCUGCAGAGGGCGCCGAGGAGGACGCGGGGCAGCAGCAGGUGCUACAGCCGCAGCAGCUGGGGGGCGAGUCGGGUGCUACAGCCGGGAGCGGCGCUGCUACUGCGGCUGCGGCUGCUGUCGAGGACCCGGAGCGUCAGCAGUGCAGGGACCUGUUGGACGACAUCCUCGGUCCCGCAGCACCCACCGCCCCCACCUCCGCCGGCGCCUCGCCACCAGCUGCUACAGCCGCCGCCCCAGCCGCCGGCUACAGCCAGCACCCCGCGGCGGGGCCGCCUGCUACAGCCACGCCCCCCAGCAGCCCCAGUCGCAGCGACCUGCCCACCAUCACCAUCGCCGCACCCGUGUCACCUGACAGCACCCGCUUCCCCUUCCCCACCGCCUCCCCCUUCCCGGCCUCCUCCUCCGCACCCAACCUCUCUGCCACAUCGUCUCCGCAGUCGGCAGUGGGCUCGCCGCCAGCUGCCCACACGCGGCGCCGCCGCCCGCCCAUCGGCGGCCGGCCGCCGCUGCCGCCGCCCGCUGCUGCUACAGCCGGCGGCGCCGCCGCCGCCGCCGGCGCUGGUGCCUCGCCGCCGCGUCACGGCGCCGCCGCCAUCUUCACCACACCCGCUCCGGUUCCUGGCAGCCGCUACAGCCGAGCUGGCGGCGGCGCCGCCGGCGGUGGCAGUAGCACCAUGAUUGCUGCUGCCGGCGGCGGCGGCGGCUACAGCCGCCGCGGCGGUCGCGCCGACCUGGCCCCCUACCUGGACGAGGUGGCUGCUACAGCCGCGUCUGCUACAGCCAGCCAAAAGCCGGUGGCUACAGCCGCCGUGGCGGCGGCGGCCGAGGUGGCGGACGCAGCGGCGGCGGCGCUGGUGCUCCCUGAAGACGAGGAAAUCGGCGAGGCGGCAGCGGCGGCGGCGGCAGGUGAAGGCGGCGGCGGCACAGGGCUGUUCGCGGCGGCGGGCCCUCGGCAGCAGCGGCAGCAGUCGGCGGCGGCGUUCCUCAGCGGCUAUAGCGCGGGUGUGACGGCGGGCGCCUCCGCGGCCACGGCGAUGGACUUGCCGCGUGUGGCGUCGCUGGCAAACAUGCUGUUCACGGCGCAGGAGCUUGGAGAGGGGGAGGAGGGAGGGGAGGGGGAGGAGGCUGAGCAGGGAGAGGAGGGAGAGGAGUCAGGGGAGGACAGGAUUGCCGAGGAGGAGGAGCGAAUGGAGGUGGAGGCGGAGGCGGAGGGAGGGCAGGAGGGGCCGCGUCAGCGGCCGCAGCAGCUGCAGCUGACGAGGCGAAAUAGCAGCGGGGCUGCUGGCGGCGGCGGCAGCGGCUACUCGCUCCGUCACCGGCGCCAGAAUACGGCGGAAGAGGGUGCUUUUGAGGAGCCGGUGGGCGUGGAGGAGGCGCUCGAGGCGGAGCGCGGCCGGCUGCGGCAGCACCAGGAGGCCCUGGCGGCGGCGGUGUCGCUGGCGGCGGCAUCAGGCGUCCUGCGCGCCGCCGGCGGCAGCGUCCUGCCGCCAGGCACGGCGGCGGCGGUGGCGGAGAGCCUGCGGGAGCGGGCGCAGGCAGCGGCGGCGGCCGCCGCCGCCGCCGCGUCUGGUGGGGACGGUGACGGCAGCGGCGGAGCCGGCGGCGCCGCCGCCGGAGGCGGCGGCGGUUCCAUGGCGGCGGCGGCUGUGUCGUCGUGGCGGACGCCGUUGAUGUCCCGGCUGUCACGUGCGGGCUCGGCGCCGCCGCCGCCGCCGCCGCCGCCGCGUGUCUCAACGCCUGCAGAGGCCGAGGCUGGCGACAAGACCGGGGGCACAGGCGACGACGGCACAGCCACUGCAGAGGGCCUGAACGGAAGCCUACAGCAACAACAACAACGACAACAGCAGCAGCAGCAAAGCAGCGGUCCAGCCACUCCGGCGGCGCAUCGCCCCCUGCUGUUCGCUGCCUCCCCACCCACCCCAAGCACCUCCACGCCCACCACCGCCCCCGCCGCCGCGACCACAUCUGCUUUCGGCGGGUUCGUGCCCAGCCCUGUCGGAGGCGCCGGAGGCGCCGGAGGCGCCGGAGGCGCCACCAACGGUGCAAGGGCCGCUGGCGGCGGCGCAUUCGGCGGCGAAGCCGCUGCGGGCACAGCUACUGCUGCUACGGAGCGGGGCCUCAUCGGCAGUAGCAGCACCGGCGGCGGCGUGAGUGCUACAGCCGCGGGUGCUGACGCUGGCCGCGAGGGCGGGCGGAUGUUGUUCGGUGCGUUCCGGAACGGCGGCGUCGGCGCUGGAGCCGGCAGCGGCAGUAGCAACGGAGAGUAUUCGUACGGCGGCGGCGGCGGCGGCGGCAGUGACGCCGCAGUGCGCGCCGCCACCGCCGCUGCCGGCGCGGGGGCGGCGGCGGGGCCUGAGGCGGGGGCGCUGCAGCUGCACCGCUGGGCCAUUGCCGAGCUGGUGGCCCAGCUGACAGAGGCGGAGUCGGAGUUGGCGGCGGCGCGGGCCGCGGCGGCGGCGCGCGAGGCGGCCCUGCGGGCGGCGCGCACCUCGCUGCGGCAGGUGCACGUGGAGGCGGCGGGCCGGGCGGCGGCGCUGCAGGCCAGCCUGGCUGACGCGCUGGGGCAGGUCAACACCCUCACGCAGCAGGUGUCGGAGCACCUGUCCCGGGAGCGAGCCGCGCUGCGGGCGGCGGCGGCGGCGGAGGCGCGGGCGGCGGCGGCCGAGGAGCGGGCGCGGGGUGUACGCAGCCCUGAAGAGAUCGAGGCCGAUGUAAGGGUGGUUGUCCCUUCGGGCGAGACCGACGAGCUCGAGCUGCUCACGUCGCGACUGGUGGCGGCGGAGCAGCAGCUGGCGGCGGCGCGGGCGGCGGCGGCGGAGGCGGCGCGGCGCGAGGCGGCGGCGGCGGGUCUGGCGGCUGAGUUGGCGUUCAAGGAGGCGCAGGUGCAGGCGCUGACGGAGGCGCUGGGCCGCGCGGCGUUGCUGCUGGAGCAGGCGCGGGCGCUGGGUGAUGGGGGCGGUGGUGGGGGUGGGGGUGACGGAGAAGCAGGAGGAGAGGCAGGAGGUGGUGGUAGUGGGGUGGGCGGCGCCCUGCCGCCGCGAGCCCGGCGCAGCUCCACUGGUGAGGCUGGGUACGGCGCCGGCAGUAGCAGUGCGACGCACGGCGGCAGUAGCGGCAACCUGGCGGCGCGCUCCCGCCCGCCGCCGCCUCUGCCGCCCUCCCUCAGCACCACCAGCGCUCCUGCCGCUCCGUCGGGCUCAGCCGUUUCUGCAGGCAGCGGCGGCGGCGGUGGCGGCGGCGACGGCGGUGGUGGCGGUGGCUUCUCCCGCCGCCGCCGCAGCGGCAGUGGCCUGCCGGCAACGCCGCCGGGCAGUCCUGCGGAGGAGCUCAGCCGCGCCGCCAGCGCCGCCGCCGCCGCCGCCGCCGCCACAGCCGCCGCCGCCGCCGCCGGUCCUGCACCACAAGGCGGCACCGCCAUGCUUGCCUCGCUGGCGGGGCCGGUGGCGCCGUCGGCGGCGCCGUCAGGCCUCGGUGUGUCCAGUAGUGGCGGGCGCCGCCGGCUGUACGACGACCUCAGCCUGGUGGCAGCCGGCGCCGCCGCCACAGCAGCCGCUACAGCAGCCGCUACAGCAGCCGCCUCAUCAGGGUAUAUGCCGGGCAUGAAUGUGGUGCCCGAGGCGACGGAGGCGCUGGCGGCAGCGGGCUCUUCCGGCAGUGAGUACGACGAGUCACGCAAUGGAGGAGGUGGCGGCAUCGGUGGCGAAGGUCGCGAGCCGACGGCGGUCAUGGCAGCGGUGGCGGCAGACCCGCAGCAGCAGCAGCAGCAGCAGCAGCAGCACCUGCAGGUGCUGUCCGAGGCGGAGGCGGAGCGGGCGGCAGUGGCGGUGGCGGCGGGCGGGCUGCUGCCGCCGCCGGCUGAGGCUGAGAUGGUGCGGCUGCGGCUGCUGCUGGAGAGCUCGGCGCGGGAGGUGUUCGCACUGCGGCAGCGCCUGGCGGCGGCGGAUGCGCUGGAGCAGGCGGAGCGAGCCGCGGAGAUGGAGGGCCUUCGCGGCGCGCUGGACGGCUCUGGGCGGCUGCUGGGGCGGCUGCGGGCGGACGUGCGCGGGCUGCAGCUGCGGGGCCGCGGCGGUGCGCUGGCGGCGGCGGCGGCGGCGGCGGAGCAGUCCCUAGCGCGGCUGCAGGCGCGGGUCCGAGGGCGGGGGCGGACGGGCGAGGAGGAGGAAGAGGAUGAGGACGAAGAGGAGGUGGAGGCGGAGGAGGAGGCGGUUGCGGCGUCCCUGCUACAGGACGCUGACGCCGCAACGCAGUCCGCAAAGCCCUCCAGUGAUUCCGCCGACGGUGCCACUAACGCCGAUGCCGCAGCCCCUGGAACCGAUCUCGGAUCUGAACCCGGCGCUGCCGCCGCCGGCGGCGCCGCCGCCGGCCGUGGGCCGCUGGUGUCGGCGGCGGCGGUGUCGACUGCGCGUCGGCUGCUGAGCGCCAUGGGCAGUCAGAUGGGGGCGCUGCAGCAGCAGCUGGAGGCGGAGGCGGGGCUGCGGGCGGCGGCGGAGCGGGAGCUGGCGGAGCUGCGGCGGCUGUUCGACGGCUACGUGGCCAGUGCGGUGGCGCGGGUGCAGCAGGCGCAGCAGGCGGCGGCAGGGGGCGGGGCGAGCUGAGGGGCGCAGGGGGGAGGGCGGGGGCGGGUUGUGUGCCCGAGCCCAACGGAAGAGGUGGGAGGGGAGGAGAGCGGGCGGCAGGUAGGCGUGGUGGCCGGGUUCUUGGCGGCGGCUGGGAGGGGGGUUUGGAGAGUCAGGCAGGGUGUAUGGUGGCGGUUUAAGUAGUUUGGUAGCACCGUGGGCGUAGGCGUAGGUAGGAGGCAUGUAAUAAGUCAGAGGGCCGAGGAGCAGAUGGGACGCGAUGGGGCUGGGGCAUGACGGGCCUGUUGUGUGCGAGGUUCUGCUGGACACGCUGGCGGCUGGGACGACCAGCCGGCACAGGUCAGCCAGCAGGCGUUCACUGCGCAUGCCGCGGCGGCGCCCGGGGCGCAGCGGGUGAGCGGACGCCAGAGCUGCUGUUGUUGUGAAUGAAAAGCGGUUGCGCGGGUCGGGGGCGUGUACGACGACUGUAGUCAGGAGGGAGGCCGGAGAGAGCAGCGGCGCAGUGCGAAGGUCACAGAGCGACACUUGCG